UUCAUGCAAGUAGUCUCAUACUUAACUCUUCUGAGUGAUUUCGGACCAGGCUUCAUUCCCCUCAGCAACCAAGCAGAUUUUAUUCUCUUUCUCUAGUACCUACACAACCUUCUUUUCCUUUGAGUUGUCUCCUUGUUGAUGUUGUGCUUCUCAAGAAAUCCUCAAGCAAUUCAACACCGUAGAAGUAUUGCAAAAACAGCCAUGCAGUAUUAAUUGGUUACUGGAUAAGCUUCAAGGUAGUUCUGAUUCAUCGUUUCAAGUUCUUACAUUAAUUUGACCUAUAGCUUGUUUUGUUCAUAUUGAUAAGAAUAAAUGUUUUGGUUUGCUGAUAAACCCUUCUUGUGAGGUUUGUUUAUUGUCUUUGGGACUUAAAACAGCAAAACAAGUUUGUUCUGCUGUGUGGACUUGCUUUGUGAGAUCAAAUCUCUUUUGUUCAUUCCAAAGUAGUACUAACAGGUGGGGCGUUUACCCUUUGUGAUUUAACCUGAAUAUGAAAAAAGAAAGAUGUGAGAAGAAAGGGAAUUCUAAAUUGCUGUUAAGGGUGACAGGAACAUUUAGACAGUAGGCUGUGGAUUGGGGAGUAUCAUUUGUCCAUUCACUUGCACAAGAGGCAAAAAUAACAGUAUAAUUGUUCUGUCAUGUUUCACCUGUGAUGGAAAUAAAACCUGAAGCAGGUGAUGGCAGAGAUGGUGGGUACUUUUAUUUUGAUGUUCUGCGUAUGUGGAAUCAUUACGAGCACACAAUUACAAAAUGGUGCAGUGGGCCUUCUAGAGUAUGCAGCUACAGCAGGAUUAACAGUGGUAGUGAUUGUUUUCUCUAUAGGGCCAAUAUCUUGUGCGCAUGUUAACCCAGCUAUCACAAUAGCCUUUGCAACAAUCGGUCAAUUUCCAUGGCUCAAGGUACCAGUUUACAUAAUAGCACAGACAGUAGGUUCUAUGUCGGCAACAUACAUAGGUAGCCUUGUCUAUGGCAUAAAAUCAGAUGUUAUGAUGACUCAGCCACUCCAAGGGUGCAACUCUGCCUUCUGGGUGGAAGUUAUUGCAACUUUCAUCAUCAUGUUCCUCAUUGCAGCUUUGACAUCUGAAUCUCAAUCAGUGGGCCAUUUCUCUGGCUUAGUCGCUGGAAUAGCAAUUGGGCUUGCUGUACUAAUCACAGGCCCAAUCUCAGGUGGAUCAAUGAAUCCUGCAAGAUCAUUAGGUCCAGCAAUUCUCUCUUGGAAAUUUAAGGACAUAUGGAUAUACAUCCUAGCUCCUUGUGUUGGAGCUGUAGCAGGAGCUCUAUUGUAUUGUUUCAUACGUCUUAGAGGGCAACAUUGUAGCACUUUGUCCUCCCCUAACAUCAGUGAUGUUGCUCGUCCCAUACCCCUUUGCUCAAGGAGAAGUGGUCCCAUGAUUUUGCUGGUAGAGAAAAAUUGGAUUUUAUUAUCUAAAGGAGUAGAAGGGUUCAGUCAAAGAUUAAGAACAAAAGGAAUACCAUAUGAUGUUCAUCAUAAGUUUCCACUGUAAUUAGUCCUAGUAAAACUUUGUCAACAUG